AUGUCUGAAGAAUUUCUAAAAUGCCAACUGGGCUUUUUAGGAAACACCGAAGGCUCGGCAUAUUUAUCUCAAGGUAAAAGUACUGUUUCCGUGUCCGUUGUUGGACCAUUUGAACCCAAGGCUAGUAAAUGCAUGUACGAUCGUGCCACCAUAGAUGUGACUUUUAGACGAAAAACUGGAAGCAUAACCGUUCAUGACAAAAUGUUGGAAGGUAUAAUGCAAUCAACAUGUGAAAAGGCCCUAGUCGUCGAACAAUACCCCAGGACUACUAUUGUUGUAACAGUCCAAGAGAUGCAGGACAGAGGAAAUUUAUUGUCCACCUGCUUGAACGCUUCUUGUAUGGGACUGAUGAAUUCUGGUAUUGCUAUGCAUCAUUUGUAUGCAGCUGUGAGUUGUGCUGUCACAGAGAAAGAAGAAAUUAUUCUAAAUCCAGAUGAAUCACAAAUAAAUUCUUCUGUUGCAUAUUUUACACUAGUGUUCGCAAACUCUGAAACCAGGUGUCUGUUAACGUCACAUACCACUGGAGAGUUCUCACAGAAAACAUACAUAGAUUGUAUGGACAAAUGUUAUGCAGCUAGUAAAGAGGUUUUUAAUUUUUAUCAAAAAGUCAUAAAAAGAAGUUCUAUUUUCAAUUGA